AUGGCUAAUGUACAAGUUCAAUGUUCUAGUUCUAGACCAAAGCCCGUGUCCCAGGUGCUUCCCCGUAACAAAAGUUGGAAGCCUAGGCCUGAAUGUUGCAUUUGUAGAAUCCCUCAACGUAUUCGUAAAGUCAGGCAAGAUGCCUACACUCCUCAAGUAAUUUCAAUAGGCCCUUUUCACUAUGGUAAAAAAAACCUAAGAGACAUGGAAAAUCUAAAAAAGAGACUUGUAAGCAAGUUUUUCGAACGAACCACCGAUGAGAAACAUAAGGAAGUUUUGGCUUUCAUCAGAGCCCAGGAGCAGAAGAUACCAAAUUCUUAUGCAGGACCUUGUAAGCUUGGGAGUCCUGAGUAUACAGAGAUGAUUCUACAUGAUGCUAUUUUUAUCAUAUACAGAGAAAAUUGCUUCCGUAUUUUGGACCUGCAAUUAAUGGAAAAUCAACUUCCGUAUUUUUUACUCGAGGGAUUAUACAAGAUAGUGGUCAGUGGCCAGCCUUUCGUUGAUCUUUGUUUCAAAUUCUUCGAGGAUCAGAUGCUUACAAGUGUACCUGACAAUAGAGUUUAA